CACGCAUGAAAAGAGAGAAGCAUGGGCAAUGUGGUGGUGUCGUGGUAGUGGUGGUGUCGUGGUAGUGGUGGUGUCGUGGUAGUGGUGGUGCCGAUGAUAACGGCAACAACAGCGGUAGUGAUGGUGGUGUCGUGGUAGUGGUGGUGAUGGUGGUGCCGAUGAUAACGGCAACAGCGGCGGUGGCGAUUAUGACAACAACAGCGGCGGUUACGAUGGUGACAUCAACAACAGUGGUGGCGAUGGUGAUGGCUCAAGCAGCGGUAGCGUUAGUGAUGGUGGCGGCUUCAGCCUUAUAUGCUUCAUCAUCAAUGAUUUAGAUGUUUUGAAUUCUUAUUUUUUAAUUUUUGUAUCAUUCAAAUUCUUAAUUUUUUUCUCAUGGAUCUAUGAAUCCAAAAUCUUCAUAUUUACUUUAGUGGGAAAGUGAAGAUUUUUGGACAUACUCCGGCAAAUAUGUUGUUAGUGGUGGUGAAACUAUGAGGUGAAUGUGAAAUUGAGUUUUGAUAUGCAUCUGGAGAUAGAAAUGGACAUGUAUGUGUAUGCAUUUGGAAAGAGAAAAGGGUAAAAAGAUCUGAUUUACAGUUUACAC